GCAUCCGAUUUAAACGACCUUGAAAAUAAACAACAUCUAAUUAUCCUAUCCAUAUGAUAGAUCUAUUCCCCUUACAUCCUCUCCGUCAGUGAGAGUGAGGGCUUGCAAGGUAGGUGUCGAAAUGAUAUGUUUUCUGCAUCUAAAGGGGUAUGGUUAUACUUAUCAGAGGGGAGAGAGAAGCUCUAUUCUAUAUGUAUAAGAGGAAGCUUGUAUAACUAGACAACCAGUGUAUGCUUUUCACAUCUUACAGAAUCACAAAUUAGUCCGCUUGACUUAUCCUUUACCGCAGUCUCUCUUCUUUCCUGCCAUUAUUUUCUGGCUCUAGCUUGUCUGCACCCUGAACGCUGUUCGUUUUCGACUGCUCUUCUACAGCAGCUCACACUUGUCUACUUUCAUUAGCGCUCAUUCUACAAGAUGCAAAUGUGUGUUUCAGUAUUCUUCACCUUUUACAUUAUUUUAUUGUAUAUCGUUGAUAUUUCUCUCCGAUGGCGUUAUACAGAUCAUGCCCAGUCAUAUUUUGUCCUCCGACUUUUCAUCGCCUCCCUAUUUUUUGGACUCGAUAUUUUCCUUAUUGUUGAAUCAAAAAGAACACUGGCUGCUUUCUACAGUUUACAGAGUUUAUCUUUAUUAUUGAGCUUUAUCAUUCAGGUAUGCAUCCUUUUAAGGUUGAUCAUUCAGCUGCUAAUUAUAUGUAAGGUUAUGAUGAGCUCAAGAUCAGUUCUCGGUGCCUUUACAUUUGAUGCCUUUCGAGAUGGACCUUUUCCCUGGAUUCACUCAGCUUUUGUAUUGGUGGUUCUUGGCUUGCUGUUUCCGGCAUUUGCCUUCAUCUUCUAUGACUCUUAUAUUGAUUUAAGUCGUAUACUAGUUGUUGCUGGAUGUGUUCUAGGAUACGGCUUUCUCGGUUGUCUUACGAUAGGACAACUGGAUCGCUCUGGUAUGCUGGGAAACCAAUACAAGAAAGCGCUCGCUCCGUUGUUAAUUUCCGGUAUUACCUUGGUUGCAAUGCCGGCAUCAGUACUAUGCUUGUGCUGGCACGAUAUGGCAGUUUUUUUAUUAGUAAGUAUCAAAAUAUUUUUUGAUUGUGGAUUCUUAUUGAUUUCUUUAGACACAGAUUAUCCUUUCUUCUAUUGUAACGACCUCUUGGGUUUUUCUAACUCUAUACAAACUUGAAGAUCGUGAUGAUAACUUAAAUCGUAUAUCACACAUCGAAGGAUAGUCAGAAGAUAGUAAAAUAUGUUACGAUCGAUAGCCUAGGAACAAGUUUGGGUUUCUUUCUAUUCUUUGGUUAGUAGUUGAGCAAGAUGAUCAGCACUUUGGCUGUAAACCUACAUUGGAUGGUUGGAGGUUCUUCAGUCAGGAUCCACGGAUCGGUCUUGGGAAGAAAUGGUUAGGAAUGUUCUGAAUCGCAAAAUGGGGACAUUAGGGCCGGGUGCUAUCUGGGUAUCAUCCAAGAGGGAUUUGGGAAUUGUUGGAUGUUAGAGAAAUACAAAUAUC